CGUACGUAUGGAUGCGUGUGCGCGCAGGCGGAGGAUCGCCGAGCCGAGCCGUACCGUGCAGCAGGCACAAGCCGCUGGGCGCGCAGGAGAAGCCGCAAAAAAUUACAGCAGCCGCUACUUGAAACUGCGAGGAGAGCAGAGGGAGCGUCGGAACUUCAGUGUUCACGAAGCCAGAGAUCCAAAAUGGGAGGCAAGCUCAGCAAAAAGAAGAAGGGAUACAGUGUAAAUGAUGACAAGGCCAAAGACAAGGAUGCCAAAGCAGAGGGAGCCUCUGCUGAGGAGAGUGAAGCACCGAAAGACAACAAAGAUGAGGCCCAAGCUGCCACCGAUGGUAAGGAGGUAGCGAAUGACACAGCGGCCAAGGAGGCGCCGGCAGCAGACGCUGCAGCGCCGAAAGACGAGGAAAAGAAUGCAGCUCCCGCUGCAAAGGAGCCUGAGAAACCUGCCGCCAAUGCUGAGCCGAAAACAGAGGCGCCAAAGAGCGCAGAGCCCGCCAAGGCCGAGGAGAAACCAGCUGCCCCCGCCCCGGCCAAAGAAUCUGCCCCUGCCGCCAAGGAGCCCGAGGCCAAGGCCGCAGCGCCCGCCCCGGCGGCCGAGAGCAAAGAUGAGGCCGACGCCAAAAAGACUGAGGCACCCGCGGCACCAGCAGCCAAGGCCGAGGCGGCCCCCGCUGCCUCCCCUGACCCCAAGCCCACAGAGGCGGCGGCAGCUCCUGCACCAGCAAAGGAGGCCGCUGCUGCACCUAGUUCAACACCAGCCGCCGAACCUCCUGCCAAGGAGGCAAACGCCACAGAGGCACCAAGCAAGGAUCAAACCGUAGCAGUUCAAGAUUAAUGGACAGCUUCUUUUCGGAAAUGAAAAAAUAAAGUACCUAACUCAACGACGAUGAAGAUUAAAAAAAAAAGAAAAUGAAAUUAACUCGCCCACCCAUAUUAUGAUAAUAACAAUAAUAAUAAUAAUUGUAAUGAUGAUGAUUUGUUGAAUGAGGAGGACUGGAGCAACCACCUGGAGAAGUUUCCCACCGCUGCAGAUGAUUAUUGCUAUUAUUAUUGUUAUGUUUUAUUCUAUUUUUUUCUGCUGUAGUAUUUGAACUUUGAUACGAGUCUGUGUCGGCCAUUCGCUUCACCAUUCCACAUCCAUCAUCCCUUUCCCUCAUAUGGUCAAGAGGUUUAACCUGACUCCCAUGUGGGCCCAGUGAGGGCCUGUGUUCAUACAUUCACCUGCAUCCUCUGCUCUGUGGAUGUCAGAAAAUCAAAAUUUGGGGAAAUGGUUCUGAGGGAAGGAGGGGGGAGGGUUUAAGAAAUCACUUUACCAGCUGGACUUCCAUUGAAUCCGUUCAUUCUUCAGCUCUCCCCCUUCCACUCAUCCUCCUCUUCAGAGUGUCGUGUUCUCGGCUUUGGCCUGGUACCUCUAGUUUUCCGGUGCCGUGGAGUUGUGGUUGUGUCCUUUUUUAACCCGUCCUUUCCCCCUCUGCUUUUUGGUAUUGUUGGGUUGUGUUGCUACCCAUUUUCCUCUUGGGAUUAGACACCACUUUUUUCUGAAGGGAAAAAACAGAACUUCUAAAAAAAGGAAGUUACAUUUGUUGUGAGGACUGAGAAUGUUCAGGCUUUCUAAGACAUUUUGGAGGUUGAAAAAGGCUGGCUUUACAGAGCAAAACACAUUCUUAGACAUAUUAAACAGUCAUAGGAAUUUUUCAGAUAAGGUUCUAGAUUUUGUACUGAAACCCUUAGGUAUAUUCUAAGUGAACUAAGUGGUUUUUUAACAUUUGUAAUACACGUAUAAAAUCUGCAAAGCCUCGCUGAAAAGAUGUCUGCAAUGUUCUUAGAAAGAUGGAAAUCUCUGAUCCUACAUCCAAAUCUGAAAACAAAUACUUACAGAUCAUGAGAUUUGUUUUUAAAAGACAUAUCUACUGCUGACCUGGGUGAAAUGGUCUUUACAGUCAAGACAUAGAGAUUGUUGGAACUUGCUCAGAAUACCAAGAAGGUGACAUUUGCUGCAUGAGUUCAGAUAAUGCUGGUUCAGAAAAGAAAAAUAGACUAAACUGGCUCUUGAGCUCUUUCCUGUGACUGUUUUCAGUUUCUGGAAGAGGAACCCAAAUCCUUUUUUUAACUCUACCCCAAAAUGCCAAUUUGGAAUUUGGAUUAAACACUGAACAUUUCUUGGAGAUUUUCUUGUCUACAACUGAGUUCAACCAUUAUAUGGCAUAUAAAUAGAUGAAAAAUAUCUGCAACCUUUUUCACUAUAUGUUUGGAGAUGAUGGAGUUUUUCUGUGAUCCCGCCAUAAAUGAUUAAAAGACAAAUUAAAUGUGCUGCAAUGACAGAGUAAUGUUAAAAAAAAACACUCUACAACCAGUAGAUCUAUUUAAAAUUGACACAAACAGUCAAAUUUUCAUAUGAUUACAGCAGGAACUUUAGUAAAUAAGUCUGUCUUGUGGGGCAAACCUCACCGGUUUGGUAUCUGAGCAGGUGAAAACAGCCCAGACGGCGUCAGUCAUCAGCAGCCUGAUCCCACUGAACACAGGAGUCAGGAUUUCAGUGAAUGAUCAGAGCCUUCAGCAGCCUACUCAAUCUACUAUGGUCCAUGUUUCUGUGGCAACCAUAUGCCAUGCUAUCAUUAUGGGAUGGAAAAGCCUUGCACAUGGAAGGGAGCCUCUGAUUUUGUCAUUUUCACGCAUCAUGCAUUUUCCUUUACUUUUUAGAAAUAUAUAUUACAUAUGUGUACAUGCAUGCAGUGGUGGAAGAAGACGUACAGCUGUAAACAAGUAAAAGCAGCAGUAUUACAGUGGAAAAAUACUCUAUUGCAACAAAGGUCAGGAAGGAAAUGAAGGGAGAAAGAAAGAAAGGAUUCAUUCUUUAAUAUGAUCUGAAAAGAGAAAAGGAAAGGAAUGGCAGGUUGAAAGAAGGGAGGUAUACAAACAAGGAAAGAGUGACUGAAGAAAAAAGAAGGAAGGAAAGACUGAAGGGUACGAAACAUCAGUGAUAUUUUAGGAUCUUAUCUCAUGAUGAAUGGACAAUCCCAAUUUGCAAAUUAACCUGAAAAGUCACUAAAUACGCGAGUGUUUCAGAAAAUAAAAACAGUGGAGUAAAAGUACCAGCAGCCCAAACUACAGUCCUUUUAAUAAAUGUACUUUCAUUCUUCCCACAUUUGCAUAUAUGCAGAUAUAUGUUUAUAUAUUCACCCAUCUCAGCCAUCCAUCUGCCAGCUUUUCAGUUUCAUCCACCUGACACACAACGUUUUCCUCCCAGCACUUGUCAAACCGUAGCAGAAACAAACACUUGAGGAGCGUCGUGUGUCACGUGGUUCAGUUUUCCUUCCUCUCUUGACUCAGUAAAUUGCAUGUCCGUGGUUGGGUGAACCUGUAGUCCUGUCUUUUUGGUCAAGUGGAAAAAAAAAAAAAAAAAUUAUUUCUCAGUCUGCAUCCAUGGCAACUACAGUUGAUAUUUCCAUCCCAUGUCUCACCACUGCUAUUUCCACACCACACAUUCAUUCAAACUAACAAAAAGAUGAUAUGGAAAUUGAUGCAUUCAAAAUUAUAUGUACUUGUAUAAAUGGUGCAACAGUAAUAAAAUGUAAGAAAUUGACUGAAACUUGA